UCGACUCACGUACGUACGCGAUCUCGACGACGAUCCUCGGCUCUACCGACCCUCCUCACAGGAAAAUGAGUUUUCUCCGUGGACUUUUCAGAUCUUCGAAACAAAUCCGUAGAGUGCUUGUUGGUACUGAUGAUUUGGGAAAUAAGUAUUAUGAAAUACCUGGACACACAAAUAAACAAGGUCGAGUAAUCAAACCCAAGAGAAGUGUGGAAGCAGUUGUUAGUCAUUAUGAGUACGAAGCAGGAAUGGUACCCAUUGAAUGGGAAGCUUGGGUGAGAGGGAAAAGGGAGUUACCCCCGACUGCAGAAGAAAUUGCAAGGAGAGAAGAACAGACUCGGAUUAUCAAACUCAGGGCAGCAGAUGUGGAACUCAAGGAUAAAGAGAGACAAGAAAAGGAGUAUGAAGAAGGGUUGGUUGCCAAGCCAGUACAAGUUACUGCUAAAGGCCAUGCCUCAGCGCCUGUGUACGAGAAGAUCGAUUCUGGAUCGGAGGCAGUCAGUACCGGUAAGGAGUUUGAACCAGCGGCUUGGAAGCCAUCCAAAACUUGACCCAGAUUCUAUGAUCUGGCUUCUACCUUCGAACAGGGAAGGGUUUGCAUGAACACCUUCUUGACUGAGAUUUUAUCUGAAUUAAUACCUUCGAACAAAUGGCAAGGAAUUGUUUCUGAACGUUGAAAAGGUUGAAAGAAUCAAAUUCUGAUUAAAAUUGUCUUCAGCAUCAGCUCCCGUUGGAAUUUGGACACCAUUUACCCAGUUACAAACAACUGUUGUUCAUCAUCUAGAGAACACUGAGGCUGGAGAGUAAUGUUUCAUUAUUGAGCCUGGCUACUUUUCACAACCUACUGCCUAAAUUUGGAACAUUGGAAAGCUUUGACAUUGGAGUGAAUGGAGAUUUUCUGCGUAUCUUUCUAUUUUCCAGGAGGGUGUUUCAUAAAGCUGUUCGUAAGUUAAGAGCGACUUUCAAAAUGACUGCUGAACCUUAUACGCGAAAAGCUAUCACCAAUGAACAAUGAAUGGUGCAUAUUUACCACAAGAAAAGAUUACCAGUCGUUCUUAAAGUUGCUCUUAACUUACGAACAGCUUUAUGAAACACCCACCA